AUGCAGUGGAGUCUGAUUCUGCUCUUCCUGAUGGCUCAGUGUUGCUUCAUUGACUGUCAGCUCUAUCAGUUUCACUACAUUAAAGAGAAUAAAAACUGGACUGAAGCUCAGCAGUACUGCAGAGAGAAACACACUGACCUGGCCACCCCGACUAACAUGAAGGACAUGAAGAGACUCAUCAACAUCUCAGCUGGAGAUCAGAGGGAAUCUUGGAUUGGUCUGAUCAGUAAACGAGAAUUUACCAGAACAUGGCACUGGUCUCUGCCUGGAGUGGAGUUCAGUGAAAGUGAGACCAACUGGGUCAAAAGAGAACCAAAUGAUAAAGGAAAUCAAAUAUCUGAGAACUGUGGGAUUCUGAAUAAAAAUAUGUCAUGGGAAGAUACUAGUUGCACUAAUCCAAGCGCUUUCCUCUGCUAUGAUGAAACCAAUAAAACCCAUAAAUAUCACCUGAUUAAAGACAUGAAGACCUGGCAGGAAGCUCAGAGUUACUGCAGAGAGAAACACACAGACCUGAUCAGUGGAACGAAGCAACGACAGGAUGAAGAAGUGAAGAAAUUGAUGAAGUCUUCAGACAGUAUAGCACACUUUGGUUUAUUCAGAGACAAUUGGAGGUGGUCAGAUGGAAGCAGUUUCUCUUUCAGACACUGGAAUAAUGACUUUAACAGUCAACAAGAAAACAGUCAUCGAUGUGCUGCUACUGGUGUUGGUGGAGGCAGAUGGAAGACUGACGCCUGUAUUCUGGAUAAACCUUUCAUCGGUUAUGAUGUGUUUUUUGCAGUGGAUAAUGUGAUCCUAGUCAAACAAAAGAUGACCUGGGAGGACGCCUUGACCUACUGCAGAGAUCACCACCAUGACCUGGUCACCAUCACCAACAUGGAUGAUCAGAGAUGGAUCCAAAAGAAAGUCAAGAACGCAUCGACUCCUUUUGUCUGGACGGGUCUGCGCUACACCUGCACUCUGGAUUUCUGGUUCUGGGUCAGUGAUGAGGUGGUCAUCUAUAAGAACUGGGCCAAAGGUGAACCGAUGGACGACUGUGACAUGUCUGGAGCCAUGGAGACGAGAGGAAAACAUAAGUGGAGGAAGAAAAAUGAUCUUGAAGAGUUUAAUUUUCUUUGUACUAAGGAUUAAGCACUGCUUUCUCCUCCACUCAUUAAAUAGAUUUUUUUCUUCUUUUUUUUAAAUUCAUGCCAAACAAUUACUUGGAGUAUAAAGUAUCUUUUUAGACCAAAGUUCGCGUAGCUCACUGAAGUCUCCGAAGAUUUUAAGAUUUCAUUUCUCUGCUUAGCUUCUCCUAUUGUUACCAGGUAGAUGUAACAUGCUAAACCUGGUGAUUUAAAUCGUGUUUUUGUUUGAUUUAUGAUGCUAAUGAAUAGAAAUGUUGCACCACGCCGCUGUCUCGUCUCCUGUGUUUCAGCUGACAUCUGACAUAUUGUUAUACGUGAAAAAAAUUAAGAUGAAUAAGUAAAAUAAAACAACCCUUCACUGUGUUGGAUUAACAUUUGCUCCAUUCAUCUUGUAUACCAGCUUUGUUGAGCAGAGUCCAGGGCAGCUGGUGUCUAUCUCCGGCUGCCAUUGAUUGAGACAGGCAGCCAGUCAAUCAGAGUAAUUCUUAU